AGAGAGAGAGAGAGAAAAUAUUUUCUAAUAUAUUUGUUCAUUUUGCUUUCUAGGACCAAGUGUUUCAGAGUUUCAACAUACAGAAAAUAAUUUGCAGUGGAAGUAGUGCUACCUAGGACCAAAACUGUGAGGGUUUGCGCCAGCCCUGAAUUCCUUUUUUGUUCGAAGACAAUUUACAGCUUGGCAAUAGAGAUUUUUAUGGGCCUGAAUCGCCUGUCAUUGGAUGCCACUGGUCAUGUGCAAGAGGCAAGCGUCUUCAUGGCCCCCUUUCCUGAUUUUCAAGCGAUUUUUUUUUUUACCGCAUUCUGCAGCUAAAGCGUUGUAACCCAAAGACAUUUUCUCUGCUCACAUGUUUGUUUUGAGUAUUUGUCAGAAAGCCUGAGUGAGAUGCAUAUAUAGCCAAUGAGCGAUUCUAUAGCUUUAUAGCUGUCACUUUGUGCUAUUCGACGCUAGAGCUCGUACACAGACUAUAUCUGGCAGGACAAAACACAAAAUGCUUAAUAAUAUCGGCAAACGACACACAACGGAAGACAUGGAUUAUCCGGAUUCAUUUGGUCCUGGACCAAAUAAUGAGAAGCGCUUGAGGGAAAACAGAAAACAGUGCAAUAAAGGCUACGAUCAACGUUCAAAGAACCGGUGGGAAGUCCCAAUUACAUGACACAGAAGCCCAUGCCAUUGGACAAACAUACCAAGUAGUGAAAAAUCUUCAAAAUGCAGAAAGCCACUUAUUAUGAUAACGCUGGACUUUUUGGAGGCUACUCAUACUCAAAGUCUGACUCAUAUGCGUAUGGGCCCGCCCAUCAGUCCUACCCCACCUCCAGCAUAGAAAAUGACUAUCAGGGUCCCAUCUGUUCAGUACAAUCUACAACAGUCCGGCCGCCGGUGCACAAAAACAGCGACAUCAAUGGCAGCUGUAUGCGACCAAAUGGUAGCCAAGGCAGCCAACCAGAGAGUGUUGGUGACCAACAACAAGCGUCUCCUUUAGCACCCACCUCACCCAACUCAAGCAGCACCACCACCCAGAAAAAGAAAUCUCCCAACAACAAUGGCUCCAACACUGCCACCCCAGUCAUCACCAAGCAAAUAUUCCCAUGGAUGAAGGAGACGCGUCAGAAUUCAAAGCAGAAAAGUACCAACUGCACAACUCCAGGAGAGACCUGCGAUGACAAAAGUCCACCUGGUCCGGCCUCCAAGCGUGUGCGCACUGCUUACACCAGCGCCCAGCUCGUGGAGCUCGAGAAAGAAUUCCACUUUAAUCGUUAUUUAUGCCGACCACGAAGAGUCGAGAUGGCCAAUCUGCUCAAUCUCACCGAGCGCCAAAUAAAGAUCUGGUUUCAAAACAGGAGAAUGAAGUACAAAAAGGAUCAGAAAUCCAAGGGAAUAAUGCACUCUCCCUUAGGACACUCUCCGGACAGAAGCCCGCCGCUAAGUGGGCCCAAUCACGUUGGAUAUUCUGGUCAGCUUCCAAAUGUAAACAGCCUGAACUAUGAUGCCCCGUCUCCUCCGUCAUUCGCCAAACCUCAGCAAAAUAUGUACGGCUUGGCUGCGUAUACGGCGCCGUUGGGCGGCUGUAUACCGCAGCAAAAAAGGUACCCGGGUGCAGAGUAUGAGCACCACGGCAUGCAAGGGAACGGAAGCUUUGCCAAUGCUAAUUUGCAAGGCAGUCCUGUGUAUGUUGGGGGAAAUUUUGUUGAUUCGAUGCCAGCUUCGGGCCCUAUGUUCAACCUCGGUCACCUUCCUCAUCCUUCAUCCGCCAGUGUGGACUACAGUUGUGCCGCUCAGAUUCCGGGCAAUCACCAUCAUGGACCGUGUGACCCUCACCCCACAUACACAGACCUCAGCUCUCACCACACUUCUCAGGGAAGGCUGCAGGAAGCGCCGAAACUUACUCAUUUGUAAGGAUCUCACGUGCGUGUGCCCAGGCGAAGUGUCGCUUUUUAUUACCUCAUGAGUUAAAAGUAAUUUAUAUAACUACACUUCGAGAGAGACACAAUGUAUUACUCCUGUAUUAUUAUAGAUAGUACUAUUACUGCUAUGACUGUAACAAUUUUUUAAGCUGUGGUCCAUAUCUCUUGACUGUUGAAGAUGCUUUGUUGUCAGUCGUUCAGAUCUUGAAAGAGCAGUGCGUGAUAUGAACGAAAUUUCAUAUCUUAUUACUUGAAGGUAAGUUCUGUAGAUUUUAAAAUAUUAGGGUCCCAUCUUUAUAGGGAUGGAAUUUGUAGGUAAAAUAUCAUUGCCAUUGUUAAGUCGUCUGUUAGUCAUUGGUACCACACAGUUCACACUAAAAAUGUCAUUAUUUAUUAUUUUCAUCUAAGAUGUUAUAGCAGACAUUUAUCACUAUUGUAUAUUUAUUAUUUAAGACUUUUGUAACACAUAUUAUUUAUCUUUUCAUGUGGACUAUUUAUAUGGAUUAUAGUAAAAGUUAUGCAACCUAAUUGGGGAGACUGCGUGCGGCAUUAUCAACACAAACAAAACGAUAAGAUGUGACUGGCGUAUUUGUCUUUUCUUUUUCUUUUUUUAAAGUUUUGUUUGUUUGUUUGUUUGUUUUUGUUUUGUUUUUUUGUUUUUUUGCUGCAGAAACUCGAAAACGGACGGAUUUAUGUGUUGUUUUUUUUCCAAACGAAAACCUGGCACGUUGUUUUUUAUUCUCCACAUUUUUGCCCUAACCACCCAUAACACAUUUUAUUUCGUGAGUGAACAGUCCACGCGCAAACUGACAAAAUGGUAACGAUAUGGAAAUGUUAUAUUUUAUUGUGUUAUAGAUUUUGUAAAUAAAGUGCUUAAACUGAA